UCGAACUCACCAACGUUGGUCCUACAGCAGUAGUGUACCUGGUGAAUACGGUCACGGAUAGCCGGAUGGCUCAUCUAGGCCGAACGUAAUACCAACUAAGGAGGCUAGCGCACGGUGGAGCAGCGCUGGGGGUCCGCCUUUUCCUGCGGCGUUCACGGGAACAAAUUGAGGAGGGAGAUGAGACCACAAUUCGGGCGGAUAUUGGAUUCUCUUUUGACGAAGCUGGCGGGGAAGAGCCCGCCGGGGGAGAUGGGGGGCACGAUGAACAAACACCCGGAGAUGGCGGCCGAGAGACCACACCGGAUGGCGAGGAGGAAACUCGCACUCAGGAGAGGGGGGGGGUGA